UAAAAAAAACAACACUGUGCUGUUGCACAGCAAACUGAAAAUGGCAAAAGGUGAUACUGGUGCACGAUGUUUCCAAGGCCUUCUCAUCAUGGGGAAUGUCGUCAUGGGGUGUUGUGGCCUUGCACUCAUGGCAGAGUGUAUAUUCUUCGUGUCAGAUCAGCCAACACUUUAUCCAUUGCUGGAAGCUACCGACAAUGACGACAUCUAUGGUGCUGCCUGGAUUGGGAUCUUCACUGGCUUCUCUUUCUUUUGUAUGGCAGUCCUUGGUAUUGUUGGUGUCGUGAAGUCAAAUAGGACAAUGCUAUUGGUGUAUAUCAUCCUGCUGAUGGUAGUCUUUGCCUUUGAAGUUGCCUCCAGCAUCACAGCAGCUGUGCAUCGAGACUUUCUCACCCCCAAUCUCUUCUUGAAGCAAAUGCUGGAGAAAUACCAGAAUCCAGACCCCAUCAACAAUGAUGACAAAUGGAAGAGUGAAGGUAUCACCAGGACAUGGGAUCGGCUCAUGCUGCAGAAUCAUUGCUGUGGUGUGGUUGGCCCAUCAGACUGGCAAACAUAUAACUCUGUAUUUAGAAAAAGCAACCAAGAUGCAGAUUUUCCUUGGCCACGCCAGUGCUGCGAAAUGGAUCUUCUAGGAAAGUCAAAGAACGUGGAUGCCUGCAAACUGGGGGUGGAUGGCUAUUACCAUAAAGAUGGCUGCUAUCCAAUCAUCUCUGGCCCAAUGGACAGACAUGCUUGGGGUGUUGCCUGGUUUGGUUUCGCCAUUCUGUGCUGGACUACUUGGGUCCUUCUUUGUACCAUGUUCUACUGGAGCAGAAUCGAGUAUUAAAGAAGCAGAAUCCUACCAACCUGUCCUCCUUGGAGUUGACACUUUCUUUUCUUUAAAAUGUGAUGUCUAUGUAAUAUAUUUCUCUCUAUGGAAGUUCUGACGACCUUGAUCUCUCCUUCUCUUCAUCACAAUGCUCCCCACCCCCCACCCCCAUUUCAAACACAGCAGGUCUAAUACCUGCAAGAUGAAAAACGGGUAGUUGCCUUUUAAUUUGCUCUGUAUUCCAAAACUUUGGGUACAUUAAAACAUCAUUGGAUGGGUAUGCUACUCCCAGAAAGAGCAAAAGACGAGGAAAUGGCUCCAAAUGCAUCAACCAAUCUGAAGCCAGUUGUCUGGAACAAGUAGGUUUCAAGAUGUAAUGCUCCAUCAAGUAUUAUAAUUUCCUCUGCUUUGUGUGUCAGAUCUUAUUUUUUUUUGUAAUGUUUUGAACUAUUUUAA